GGCGCUGCUCUGUCUUUGUUGAUAGUUCUGCUUGAGAAACAAAAUUUCUUGAUUGGACCUUUCAUUUAUUUGUGAUGUGAAGGAAUUUUCUUCAUAAAUGCAGUUUCAGUAAUUCUCAUCUCUGAUUUUUUCUAUUUCAUAAAUAAAUGAUGUAUUAAUGCUCGAGAAAUGUCUGAUAAAGAAUUUUCUGAGAUAUCUCAACCAGAAGCGGGCAAUUUGGAAAAACCCUGUUUAUAUGAUGUAAGUGUUGGAGGAUUUCAUUUAAAGAAUAAUUUAAGACUUUCUAAUGCUAGUACAAAAAGAAAGAAUUAUGAAUGUGAAGUGUGUGGUAAAAUAGUUUCUCAGAAGAGUGUUUUAAAAGAACAUUUAAAUACGCAUACAAAGGAAAGGCCACACGUAUGUGAGGAGUGCGGUAAAACAUUUGGUUGGAAGACUGCUUUAAAAUAUCAUGCAUUUACUCAUACAAAAAUUAGACCUUAUGCAUGCGAACUGUGUGAAAAGGCUUUCCCUCGGAGGUAUAGCUUGGAAAAUCAUUUACUUUCCCAUACCAAAGAAAAACUUCAUAUAUGUAACGUGUGUGGUAAAGAACUUUCUCGGAAAGAUGUUUUAAGAAGGCACUUACGCAUUCAUAUGAAUGAACAACCCGAUAAAUCUGAAGUGAGUGACAAUGGAUUUCCACUUGAGAGUACUUCAAAGCAUUUAAAUACUUGCAAACAGGAAAAAGACAGUACAUAUGAAACAUGCGAUAGAGAGUUUGCAGAUCAAAAUAAUUUAAAUCAGCAAUUGCAAAUUCAGUCAGAUACUGAAUCCUAUGUGUGUAAAGUAUGCAAUAAAUCAUUUUCUAAGAGAAAUGCCUUGUCAAAGCAUUUACAUAUUCAUUCUGAUGGAAUGAUCUAUGCAUGUGAAGAAUGUGGUAAAGAAUUUGCAUGUAAAAAUUAUUUGAAACGGCAUUUAGUAAUCCAUGAAGACAGGAAACCUCAUCCAUGUCUAUUGUGUAAUAAAGCAUUUUCCCGUAAACUUAAUUUAAGAGUACAUUUGGUGGUUCAUACAGAUGAAAGGCCUUACACAUGUGAUGUGUGUGGCAGAGGAUUUACUCAAAAAAGUAAUUUAAAUUCUCAUGUGCGUCUUCAUACGAAAGAAAAGCCACAUUUGUGUGGAGUAUGUGGUAAGAGAUUUACUCAGAAAAGUAAUUUAAAUUCACAUCUACUUCUUCAUGAUAAGCAAAAGCAGUAUCUGUGUGAAAUAUGUGGUAAAACAUUUUCUCAGAAAGCUAAUUUAAAUUCCCAUUUGUUGACCCAUACAAAAGUAAAGCCUCAUGCUUGUGAGGUGUGUGGUAAACAAUUUUCUCAGAGGCAUGUUUUGAAAGUGCAUUUGUUUACUCAUACAAAUGAAAAGCCCCAUACAUGUGAAGUGUGUAAUAAAGGAUUUUCUCAUAAAAGUAAUUUAAAAGUACAUUUACGUACUCACAUGAAAAAAAAGUUUUCUCAGCAAGAAAACGGUGAAACAUUAUCUUUUGAAAGCAUUUAGAUAUAUAUUUAACUUUCUAUUCAAAGGCAUGUGAAAGCUUAACAUGAUUGAGAAUUUUAUACUUUAUAAAAUUUACAUAUUCUUUGUGAUACUGGAAAAAGUCUUGCAUCUGUGAAUUUUUUGAAAGGAAAUUAAAAAAUCCUAUUUAUUUAUUUAUUUAUUUACACAUAAGUUCAAUGUGAUAGAAAAAUUAUCAUGUAUUGAAGAAACACAAGAUAACUUUCAACUUUUCAGACAAAUGUAUUUAUGUUGGUCAGAGCUUAUCAAACUGUGAAUCAUGAUCCCACUUGGAUGUGUGUAAAAUCAUGUUGUUAAAAACUUUUCUUAAUGCUACUUUAAUACUUCUGUGAAUGUUAAUUUAAAAUGUAAAUUAAACAUUGUUUUUAUUUCUUAUAUAAAACAGCUGGCAGUACUUAGUAUUUAAUUAAAUAUUAUGAUCUGAGAAUAAUUAUUUUGAAAAGAUAAAUGUAAUAUAAGAGUCAUGAAAAGGAUUUUUAAGACAUUUUCUGAGGACUUGAAAAUAUAAAAGGCAUUGCCAUUGGAGGAAAUUGCUUUGAAGGAAUUGUAAUAAAUAUUGACCAAUAAAUUAAUACCUUUUAUUUUACAAGAGCAUUCCCAAUACUUAAUAAUGUUUAGUUUUUGUGAGUAAAAAUAGUAAAGA